AUUCCUGUGUUUUCCAGCUGCUAAUAGGUUAUGAAAAUGGUACUGUAGUAUUCUGGGACUUGAAAUCAAAAAGAGCUGAACUGAGAGUUUAUUAUGAUGAGGCUAUUCAUUCAGUUGAUUGGCAUCAUGAGGGAAAACAAUUCAUGUGCAGUCAUUCAGAUGGUAGCUUGACUUUAUGGAACCUAAAAAGCCCAAGUCGUCCAUUCCAGACCACAAUUCCACAUGGAAAAAGUCAAAGAGAAGGAAAAAAAUCUGAAUCUUGUAAACCAAUACUUAAAGUAGAAUACAAGACUUGUAGAAACAGUGAGCCAUUCAUAAUAUUUUCCGGUGGACUAUCCUAUGACAAAGCUUGCCGAAGACCAAGUUUAACUAUCAUGCAUGGAAAAGCAAUUACAGUACUUGAAAUGGAUCAUCCUAUUGUUGAAUUUCUCACUUUAUGUGAAACACCCUAUCCAAAUGAAUUUCAAGAACCCUAUGCUGUUGUUGUUCUUAUGGAGAAAGAUCUUAUAGUAGUUGAUUUAACACAAAGCAAUUUUCCAAUCUUUGAAAAUCCAUAUCCCAUGGACAUUCAUGAAUCACCAGUUACAUGUACUGCAUAUUUUGCUGAUUGCCCACCAGAUCUCAUUCUAGUCCUCUACUCUAUAGGAGUCAAGCAUAAAAAACAAGGAUACAGUAACAAGGAGUGGCCAAUCAGUGGAGGCGCUUGGAACUUGGGAGCACAAACAUAUCCAGAAAUUAUUAUUACUGGUCAUGCAGAUGGAUCAAUAAAAUUUUGGGAUGCUUCUGCAAUAACUCUGCAGAUGCUGUACAAGCUAAAAACUUCAAAAGUGUUUGAAAAACAGAAGGUAGGAGAAGGAAAACAGACACUUGAAAUUGUAGAAGAAGAUCCAUAUGCCAUUCAGAUGAUCUACUGGUGUCCAGAGAGCAGAAUAUUCUGUGUAUCAGGAGUAUCCGCAUAUGUCAUAAUUUACAAAUUCAGCAGACAUGAAAUUACAACAGAAAUAGUGUCAUUAGAGGUACGACUUCAGUAUGACAUUGAGGACAUUAUUACCCCGGAAACAGAAACAAGUCCCGCAUUUCCAGAUCUCUCAUCUCAGCUUCCUUCAAGAAGUCUUUCUGGGAGCACUAACACUGUGGCUAGUGAAGGAGUUACAAAGGACAGUAUUCCAUGCCUCAAUGUGAAGACUCGACCUGUGCGGAUGCCUCCAGGCUAUCAAGCAGAACUUGUUAUUCAGCUGGUAUGGGCAGAUGGUGAACCUCCACAGCAGAUUACUAGUCUUGCUGUAAGCUCUGCAUAUGGAAUAGUUGCAUUUGGGAACUGCAAUGGGUUGGCUGUGGUGGAUUUCAUUCAGAAGACAGUACUAUUAAGCAUGGGGACCAUUGACCUAUAUAGAUCGAGUGAACUUUACCAGCGACAACCACGGUCUCCUCGAAAAAACAAGCAGUUCAUUGCAGACAACUUUUGCAUGCGUGGCCUGUCUAACUUUUAUCCUGAUUUAACGAAACGGAUCCGUACUUCCUAUCAGAGUUUAACUGAGCUGAAUGACAAUCCAGUCCCCCUUGAACUUGAGCGCUGCAAGUCUCCCACUUCAGGACUUGCUACCAGAACUCCUGAGGGUGCACCAGGCUUUUAUAGGAAUGAAAUAUCAGCUGUGAGACAGAGGAAUCAAGUACAUCAUUUGCCAGAUCAUGUAAAUGGACACUGUACAAGUCCCACUUCUCAGAGCUGCGGUUCUGGAAAACGUCUUUCUAGUGCUGAUGUUUCCAAAGUAAAUCGCUGGGGUCCUGGUAGACCACCAUUCCGAAAAGCACAGUCUGCUGCUUGCAUGGAAAUUUCAUUACCAGUCACAACAGAAGAAAGCCGUGAAAAUUCCUAUAAUCGUUCUAGAAGCUCUAGCAUUUCCAGUAUUGACAAAGAUUCUAAAGAAGCAAUUACAGCACUGUACUUCAUGGAGUCCUUUGCUCGAAAAAAUGACUCUACUAUCUCCCCUUGUUUAUUUGUUGGAACCAGUCUGGGAAUGGUGUUAAUCAUCUCCCUAAACCUGCCUUCAACAGAUGAACAACGAUUUACAGAACCAGUCAUGGUAUUGCCAAGUGGUACAUUCCUCUCACUGAAAGGAGCUGUGCUAACAUUCUCCUGUAUGGACCGAACUGGUGGGUUAAUGCAACCACCGUAUGAAGUUUGGAGGGACCCAAACAACAUAGAUGAAAAUGAAAAAUCCUGGAGGAGGAAACUGGUCAUGAACUCUUCCUCUCCGUCUCAAGAAACAGGAGAUCAUCAGUAUACAAUAAUCUGUUCAGAAAAACAAGCUAAAGUCUUCUCACUGCCUUCUCAGACUUGCCUUUAUGUUCAUAACAUCACUGAGACAUCUUUUAUACUGCAAGCAAAUGUGGUGGUCAUGUGUAACAGUGCCUGCUUGGCAUGUUUUUGUGCCAAUGGACAUAUCAUGAUAAUGAGUCUACCUAGCCUUCGCCCAAUGUUGGAUGUUAAUUACUUGCCUUUGACAGACAUGAGGAUAGCACGUACAUUUUGUUUUACCAACGAAGGACAGGCAUUAUACCUUGUCUCUCCUACAGAAAUCCAACGGUUAACAUACAGCCAAGAGAUGUGUGAUAACCUACAGGACAUGCUAGGAGAAUUGUUUACCCCAAUAGAGACACCAGAAGCUCAAAACAGAGGCUUUCUCAAGGGACUGUUUGGUGGAAGUGGGCAAACAUUUGACAGAGAAGAACUCUUUGGGGAAGCAUCUGCAGGAAAAGCAUCACGCAGCCUUGCACAGCACAUUCCUGGACCAGGUGGGAUAGAAGGGAUGAAAGGCGCUACUGGAGGGGUAAUGGGAGAGCUGACUCGAGCACGGAUUGCACUUGAUGAGAGAGGACAGAGGCUCGGAGAGCUGGAAGAGAAAACUGCAGGCAUGAUGACCAGUGCAGAGGCAUUCUCCAAGCACGCACAUGAGUUAAUGCUGAAAUAUAAGGAUAAGAAAUGGUACCAAUUCUAAACUUCAAAGGAAGCUGUGACUAAUUUGAGAUAUCAUUCAGGGAAACCAAAUUUAUUCCCAGCAUCACUUUUCAACUACUAGAAAUCAGUUUCUUCUACAAAAUGUUCCAUUGCCAUCCAUCUGAAGUUAUCAUAAGGGAGAUUUAUCAGAGACACUAUAAACCCAAAGGUGGGACCCUGGUUACAGUCCCAACAUAUGGUUGUCUUUUCCUUUUCCCACUUGGAAUGGAGCUGUCAUCUUGGCAUGUCACUUGCUAAGGAUUUACAUUUAGGAACUACGGAGAGUCCUGAUUUGAAAAAAUUCUGUACAAACAAAAGCAUCAGUGCACAUAAUGAAAACAAAAUCUUUGCAUGAUAAAUUAACAUCUUAAAAGGAAAAGAAAAAAAAAGCAUGUUGUGAUGGAAGAAAAAAAGAUCUAUGGUAAACUAUUUUUUAUAAAUUGGGCCAUACCUGAUAAUUUAAAAUAUCUGAACUUGAAGAUAUCAUUACAUUUCAAGUAUAUUUGUUAACCCAACUGAAAAGCAAAACCAAAACAAAACAGCAAAAAAGAAAACAAAACAAAAGCAGAGUUUUCUUCUCACUUGUAACUUUCAUUAUACUAGGACACCGUUGAUUUCUUAUGGUAAGAGUUCAAUUAAUGUUCUUCUCGCUCCAUAAUAUCUUACAUCAUUCACAAUUACAUAUUCAGACAUUGCCAGUGUAGUAAAUUAUUCCUAUACAACUGUUAUUUCUGUCACCUUAAGAAAAGGUUGCUACUUUAAGUCAUAAAUCAUGUAGCAUUUUUUAGCCUGGCUUGUAUUCUGCAGGGGAGUUGUAGGUAGGUUUAGGGCAACUGACUAUAGGAACAAUGAAGUUAGCCUUGCAAACUAAUCUCACACACUCUGGUUUCAUUUUCUAAAGUAACAUAUUUUUAAUGCUCCAUUUGUAUCUUUGUCCUCCAACUACACAGUAUAUUACUGUUCAAACCAGUGGGGUCUUCAAUCCAAAGGUGCUCUUGCAGCCUGAAACAGACUAAACUGGUCAUUCUCUUUAAUAUGAUUCAGUAAAAUCUCAGUUAAUGUUUUGGGAUAGGGAUCCUGAUUUAUCACAUUUCUGAUUAAAAGGGCUUUCAUUAAAAGAUACUUUUGGUUCAA